AAUUCCAAUAUUUUAUAAAAUAUAUAUAUAUAUAUAUAAAAUAUUGAUAUAACAUGAAAUUUCAAGUUUGUUACGCGAUUCUCUUAAUGGCAAUCGCAAUGAUCGAAGCCGAGAUAGACGUAAGUACAGACAAUGUAUUCGAUAAUAAAGAUUUGGGAUAUAUCGUGAAGAAGGAAAGUUUCGGAAAUCAAGGACGUUCUCUAAAUGAUGAUAAUGAUGAUGAUGAUGAUGAUCAUGACAAUUUGUCAGACAACAAAAAAUUUAUUGAAAUUAAUGAAAUUGAUAAAUUAAUCGAAAAUCACUUCACCAUCAUAACCUCCAACUUGAACGAUACUGAUAAUAGUACUGUCAGAAACACCACCCUAAGUACCGUUAAAAACACCACCCCAACUACUGUUAAAAACACCACCCAAACUACUGUUGAAAAAACCACCCCAACUACUGUUGAAAAAACCACCCCAACUACUGUUGAAAAAACCACCCCAACUACUGUUGUAAAAACCACCCCAACUACUGUUGAAAAAACCACCCCAACUACUGUUGUAAAAACCACCCCAACUACUGUUGAAAAAACCACCCCAACUACUGUUGAAAACACCACCUUAAGUACUGGCAAAAAUAUUGAAAGCACAUCAUCAGAAAUAUCAGUAUCAACCAUUGCAAGUUUGGAGGAAUAUCCAUAUCAAGUUCAUGGAGAAAAAGGAACAUGUAUAUUGUCGAAGAUGACGAUUUCAUUAACUGUGACGUACAACAAUACAGAUAUGGAGGCUACUAAUAAAAUCUUGAAUCCAUUGCCUUCUUAUAUAACGACCGAUGGUUAUUGCAGUGAGCCAUAUUCUGCUAUGCAAUUAACUUGGCCGUUCGAAGAACCAGAAUCAACAGCAAAUAUUAAUUUGACAAUGGCAAAAAUGAACAAUAUUACUUUUAGCUUGAAGAAAGACGAUGAAGAUUCUAAAUUUUCAGUUUUUCAAAUACUCGUAUCGAUACGUUUAGAUCCAUUUAAUUUUCCGGAUGCAUUAGAAGCAGACAUAUUGCAGACGACCGACUCGAAUUUAAUGUUAUUUAAAGCUUCUGCUAUUAAUGGUAAAUACAAAUGCAAUAUUCCAAUUACUGUUAAAACAGAAUCGGUUGAAAUAACAUUGAACGACGUUGAAUUAAUAGCUUUCAAUACGGAUGACAAUAUUUCAUCGAGAUACGAGGAGAACUGUAUUGAAAAUAUUUAUGAAACUGUGAACGCAGGAAAUAUUGUUGGAAUAAUCAGUGUACUUAUCAUUGCUAAAACAGCGAUUUGUUUCAUUGGAUAUAUGAUAUGGCGACGAUAAAGAAAUUCGAUUGCUCUUAUGGACAUUUUUUUAAAAAAAGAAAAUAAAAAGAAAAGAAAAGAGGAAAGAAGAAGAAAAGAAUAUAAAAAUAAAAAAAGAUCAUUUUUUUUUUUGUAAUAUCACAGGGAGGAAGGAAAGAAGAUUAUUUUUAAAAGAAAUUUUUGAAGGAAAAGAAAAGAAAAGAAAAGAAAAGAAAAGAAAAGAGAAAAAAGAAAAAGGAUGGAAGAAAAAAAAGAGGAUCACUUUCGUUUAGUUUUCUUUGAGAAAAUGGAAGGGAAGAAAGAAUGAAAAGAAAAAAAAAAGAGGGAGAGAGAGAGAGAGAGAGAGAGAGAGAGAGAGAGAGAGAGAGAGAGAGAGAGAGAGAAAGAGAAAGAUACUUGUUCUAUCGCAAUAUUUAUCCUGCUGUUUCUAAAUGAUCAUUUUUAAUAUAAAUAUCAUUAUUGAUACGUCUUUAUAUUCCUUGCAAAAAUUAAUAUUAAUUCAUAUAAAAUAUUACGUUUGUUAAUUCGUCGAUAUUUUUUAUCAAUCAUAAAUGAUAAUGUAGAUAUUCGUUUUAAAUGAUUAUCGACUAAUGGUACAUUAAUUGCUAAAACGUAUAAAUGAAAAAUCAAUGAAGGGAAAAAAAAGCAAUGUAGCGAUUAUAAAAAA